AUCCAUUCCUCCUUUCUGCUCCGUCCUGCAAUUCCGCGCAGCACAAACACAGGUAGCUCCUCUAGGGUUCCUACCUAUAAAAGGACCGUUUUUUCGACGAAGACUCGACGUCACUACUAAGCUCCGUCAUAUUGCGUCAAGGGUCUGCAAGACCGGAAACGAGGUGGGGAGGCAGAUGCUCGUAUGGUACCCGAAGGAGCAAAGUUAGGUUCGGUCUUCAGACGGCUUUUAAGACCUUCGAUGCCCCGCCCAAAGGUGCCGGAUCACCCCGCCCGGCUUUCGUUGAUCUCAAGGCAUCUGGCCCCGGUGUACCCGAUCAAUACUCCGUUCACCGUCGAACGCCUUCCCGACACCAUUGACCCCCCGUUACUUCCCAAAACUCAGGCGCGCAGUGUCUCAAUACCGCCCAAGAUGGCCCAACCCCCGCACCCGACGCUCCUGAUCCCGGGCCCGAUCGAGUUUGACGAUGCCGUUUUACAGUCUAUGAGUCACUUCAGCGAGAGUCAUGUCGGUGCCGGUUUCGUCGCAACCUUUGGUGAGACGCUGUCGAUGCUGCGCAAGCUUUUUCAGACCUCGGACCCUGCUUCGCAACCGUUUGUGCUCUCCGGUUCCGGCACAUUGGGCUGGGAUCUCGUGGCCGCCAACCUAGUCGAGCCCGGCGAGGAUGUUCUAGUGCUCGGCACAGGCUACUUCAGCGACGGCUUUGCCGACUGCUUGCGCGUUUACGGGGCCAACGUGACGGAGCUCAAAGCACCCGUGGGUACCAAACCCCAAUUGCACGAGAUCGAGAAGGCGCUGUCCGAGAAGCGGUACAAGGCCAUUACCGUGACACACGUCGACACGUCGACCGGCGUCCUGAGCGAGCUGCAGCAGCUGUCGGCUCUCGUCCAUAAGGUCUCCCCCGACACCCUCAUCAUCGUUGACGGUGUCUGCAGUGUUGCAUGCGAGGAGAUCGACUUUGACGCAUGGGGCCUGGAUGGCGUAGUCACGGCCAGUCAGAAGGCCAUUGGCUGCCCCGCUGGGCUGUCCAUCUCCAUGUUCAGCGGCCGCGCCAUGAAGGCUCUCCAGAACCGGAAGACGCCUCCGGCGGCGUACUUUGCCUCUAUGAAGAACUGGGCCCCCAUCAUGCAGAACUACGAAAACAAGAAGCCGUCGUACUUUGCUACUCCUUCGCCCCAGCUUAUCCACGCCCUGCACACAGCAUUGAGCCAGAUCCUAGCCAAGCCGGUCUCGGAGAGAUUCGCGGCCCAUAAGGCAGCGUCGGACAGAAUCAAGCAGGCCAUCUCCGACCUUGGCCUGAAGCAGGUUGCGGCGAAUCCGGAUGAGCAGGCUCACGGUAUGACGGCCAUCUAUCUCCCGGAGUCGGUCAAGGGCGCCGACCUCCUGCCCAUUCUUGCCAAGAAGGGAGUGGUAUUCGCCGGCGGAAUUCACAAGGAGAUCGCCGGCAAGUACAUCCGGUUUGGCCACAUGGGUGUUAGCGUGCUGGAUCCUAACAGGAACGAUAUCGACCACGCCAUCAAGGCAUUAAAGGAGGGCUUGGCUGAGUGCGGAUAUCAGAGAGCUUAGCAGAAAGAGGCAAUAUAGACAUAAAAUCUACACGUACAACAUAAAGGAGA